AUGUCAUUGUCUCCUUCUACAUUAGCUAAAUGGUCAUCUUCGUUGGACAACGACCUUAACAUUCAAUUGGCCGCCUCGGUGCUCAGAACUUUCAAUGCCGAAGAAGCGCUCAUCAAUCGAGACUCAGUAGUCAAGAAUACCACCAAGGCUUUUAAUACCAAAAUUGAAGCCGAAGUUGGUCCAGUCACCAAUCAAAAGUCAAGUGGACGUUGCUGGUUGUUUGCUGCUACCAACACAUUGAGGGUGAAAGUUGCAGCCAAAUACAAGUUGAAGGAAUUCCAAUUGUCUCAAGCGUAUCUUUUCUUUUACGACAAGUUGGAAAAGUCCAACUUUUUCUUGGACCAGAUUAUCCAGCUGUACGAAGCAGACAUUGACUCGAGAUUGGUCCAGCAUCUCUUGUCGGAUCCUAUUAACGAUGGAGGUCAAUUCGAUAUGUUUGUGAAUGUGGUGGAGAAGUAUGGUCUUGUUCCCCACGAAUUGUACCCUGAUGCCUAUUCUGCAACGUCUUCAAGAACCUUGAACUUUUUGGUGUUGACCAAGCUUCGUGAGUUUGCCGAAGUGUUGAGGGAAAACCUCAAGGUUGGUAAAGAUGUUGCAGAACUCAAGGAGUCGAUGCAAAAGGAAGUGUACAGAUUACUUGUGGUGUUUUUGGGCAAACCUCCUGCGAUUGAUGCCGAAUUCGUUUGGGAGUAUACUGACAAAGACGACAAGUUUAAGAGUUUAAAGGCCACCCCACGUUCUUUCUACAAAGAUGUUGUCGGUGUUGACACCACCGGGUUAGUCUCACUCUUGAAUGAUCCCAGAAACAAAUACGAUACCAAUAUUACCAUUGAAAAAUUGGGUAACGUUGUUGGUGGAAAGACUGUAUCCUACUUGAACAUGAAUAUUGAUAGUCUCUCCGAUUAUGCCGUGAAGCGGAUCCAGUCGAACCAACCGGUAUUCUUUGGAACCCAUACUCCAAUCUACAUGGAUAAGAAACGGGGAAUUAUGGAUGAGAGUCUUUUCAACUACAAAUUGAUUGAUUUUGAUGCCACUCAAACCAAGGCCAGUCGUAUCCGGUACAAGCAAUCGCUUAUGACUCAUGCUAUGACACUUACGGCGGUGCAUUUGGAUGCCAAAGGUAAACCCGUAAGAUGGAGAGUGGAAAAUUCGUGGGGUAAAGAAUCGGGUCAAGAAGGAUACUACGUGAUGGACCAUGAAUACUUCAAGCAGUACGUUUACCAGGUUGUGGUUGAAAGACUGCUGUUGUCCAAGGACCAUCAAAAGGUGUUGAAGGACACAAAAAACACCGUUUUGCUUCCUCCAUGGGACCCUAUGGGUGCAUUGGCGGUGUUUAAACACACUCAUUACCCGGCGAUGAUGUAA